UACUUUGCUCCAUGCUCAAAUCCAAUAGCUUAGUCUAUUUAAAAACUAUCUCCAACAAGAGGGACUCAUGUGUGAUUGGUCGGACUAGCAUGACAUCAUUGACAUUCAGGCAUGUGUGUGCCUGCAAAUCUCGAAGAGAAAACAUUGGAUCGACUCACGCAGAUGUGGAGCACAUCUGGCAGAGCGAAAAUUGACGUCUUCGAGACACUCGUACACUAUCACGUAGGGUGUCGCGGUUACCAGUCACUUGGAAUGGUUAUCUCCGUAAUGAGGGCUAUAACGUGACUUCGCAUCAAAAACUGUUUCUGUUAACGCACUUAACGUGAUUACAUAAGUCACGCUUACAUUGACAUUGCCCAAAAUGAGGACAACGCUUGCACCAGCUGCCAGAAAAAAAACUUCUUUAAGAUAAAUUCGGAGGGAUUUUUUGACAAGUUGAGAACAUUAAAAUCAUGCAACAUGAAUGUAACUAAUAGCACUGGAACUGACGGUCUUGUGCCGUGGAACCAAAACGGCUCCUUGAGUAGUGUCUUCAACGAUGCCUUCUCUGCCAACCUCAGCUGUGACAAUAGUAGCAGCAAUGCAUCCUGUGGAGUUGGGGAUGCCCCUGGAAGCCAAUACAAAACUGUUGAGAUGGUCUUCAUUGCACUGGUCACAGGUUCCCUCAGUUUUGUUACAGUGACGGGCAACAUCCUAGUAAUGCUAUCCAUCAAAGUCAACCGACACCUUCAGACAGUCAACAAUUACUUCUUAUUUAGCCUGGCAUGUGCAGAUCUCAUCAUUGGAGCUUUCUCCAUGAACCUUUACUCACUUUACAUUAUCACGGGUUACUGGCCCCUGGGUCCUGUGAUCUGCGAUCUGUGGCUGGCCCUGGACUAUGUGGUUAGCAAUGCCUCUGUGAUGAACCUGUUGAUCAUAAGUUUUGACCGUUAUUUCUGUGUGACGAAACCACUGUCCUAUCCAGCCAGGAGGACCACCAAGAUGGCAGGUCUGAUGAUUGCAGCUGCAUGGAUACUCUCCUUCAUCCUGUGGGCUCCUGCAAUCUUGUUCUGGCAGUUCAUUGCGGGAGAACGCACAGUCGGGCCCGGCGAGUGUUACAUCCAGUUCCUCUCCAACCCUACCAUCACGUUUGGCACUGCCAUUGCUGCCUUCUACCUGCCAGUGGUCAUCAUGACUGUGCUCUAUAUCCACAUCUCUCUAGCGAGCCGAAGCCGAGUGUCCAGACAGAAACCAGAGGCCAAGAAAGAAAACAAGAUUCUCAAGACUGGUGGACUACUAAAGAGUCGCAUUCUUAAACAGAAUAACAACAAUCAGGUGCCUAAACCCAGCCUGGACACCUGCAGCACGAGUGAUACCCUGAAGAAUGGCAAGCUGGAUGAGUCUGUUGUCUCGACCAAGGCUGAGUCCAGUGUCCAGCCCGAGGAGAAGGAGAGCUCCAAUGACUCCAGCACGGCCAGCAUUGCCCCGAAGGACACCAACGAGAAGGCAAACAGCCAGAUCACUUCUGAGGCUGCUGCUGCUGAUCCGGCCUCAAUCUCCAAACUGAACCCAGCAUCCAAGUGGUCCAAAAUCAAGAUUGUCACCAAGCAGGCAGGGGAUGAGUGCAUCACCGCCAUUGAGAUUGUCCCACCUCACAGCGGUGUUGAGGCCCGCUCCAUUCCUGUGAACCGACCCAGAAUGGUGGCACGGAAAUUUGCCAGCAUCGCUCGAAGCCAGGUAAAGAGGAAGAGGCAGAUGGCGGCUCGGGAGAAGAAAGUUACUAAGACCAUUUUUGCCAUUCUGUUGGCAUUUAUCAUCACAUGGACACCAUAUAAUGUCAUGGUACUAAUCAGCACAUUUUGCCAUUCAUGUGUGCCUGACACAGUAUGGGCCAUUGGGUAUUGGCUUUGCUAUGUGAAUAGCACCAUCAAUCCUGCCUGCUAUGCUCUGUGCAAUGCAACAUUCAAGAAAACCUUCAAGAACCUUCUCAUGUGUCAGUAUAAGAAUAUUAACGCUAGAUAAACUGAAGAAAAGGAGAAAAGAAUGUUUGGGCCACUGACCAACUCCAUUCAUCCACCAUUUGCAAUCUUUAAACAACAUGUACCUUGUGCCCAUAUAUGAGCACCAUGCACAACAUACACAAUAUUUGUCUCAUAAUGUCAAGAGACAGAAAAUACUACCCACGGACUGUUAAAUACAGAGACAUUUGGAUAGGAUACAUUUGUAAUGGUCAACUUACCUGUGACAGUCUGACCACAUACAAAAGGUUCCAAUAUUCUAUUAUGUAAUUUAGGUAGUCGAAAAAGUUCUCUCAAGCAAAUUAUUGUCAGUUUGCCCAGACACUGUAAACCAAGGCCACCACAAAUCUACCAUCCAGUGAUGAAAUAAUGAAUGUGUUAUCGCAUAGCCAGACACUUAAAUCAAAUAAUCUUCAGAAUGGAUCAAUGCUUAACUGUAAUCUCCUGACCUGACGUGGCGAAAUGGAAGCUUUCUGUGCCCACAGUAUACUGUGUGUGUGUCUGUGUGUGUGUGUGUGUGUGUGUGUGCCGUUACAACCUUGGCAUCGCUCCUACACAUACAUUACGUUAUAAAGGGGUCUAACAGUACAUUAUGGAUCGGUACAUUUGGUAUGGUUUGGUAAAUUUCAAUACAAUCACAAAAACAAGACAUGAAAAGAUGGAAAAGAACUUAAAGGUGUUAUACACAAUGCUAGCAUUUCUUGCCUAGAUAAACAAGACACAUGCAAGAUGCAAGGCAGGCAGGGAUUCCCAUCACAUUCCAACCUUGCUGAUUUGUUAAUAUAGCCAAACCAUGUGGAAACCUUAGUCAUUCAUCAAAGCCCAGGAGAGUCCCAAAGACACUUCAGUCACACAGUCCGAACAUCAUCUUAUCUCAAAGGAGUGAGCAGCAGUGUUAACUUAAUUUAUUGUAAAAAUUGUAAUCACAAAGGUCAUGAUUCAUAACUUGUAAAAAUGACAACUUAAGACAGAUGCUUAAGCAAUUGUACAUGAUAAAAAUGUAAUGUAUGAGGCCAAGGCCAAAGUUGUGCCAAUGUCAUUAUAAAAAUAAAAAGGGAGUCUUGUCUGCAUGCUGUGAAAACAAAUAUAACAUAGAUUUAUAAAUAUAAAAAUCAGUUCUGUUUUUUUUUCUAUUUCAACAAAGAGUAGAUAAGAUGCUCUUAAGUUUUGUAAACAAGUUGGAUUUUCGUAAUUUUCUUUGCUUAGCCAAUUCUUUCACCGUGCAUAAUUGUUCGAGUGCCUUAAUUUUAUUGCUUUGAGCCACAGCCAGAACGUAUUUGGUUGCUAGGUAAAGAAAGCUGGACAAUGAUUAGUAAACACCGUGCUCUCCUGUAAUGUUCUUAUUUUUCCCCAUUGGUGCUUCACUUAGGUUGAUAACCCCAUCUACAAACAAUAGAAUCAAAAAGCAAUGCCAGAUCAGAGUGCGGAUACUUCUUCUGUUUGUAGGUAAACAAAGCUGAGCCAAGAAUGUUCAAAAUAAACAGCAAGGACCUCUUGCAUUAACUUGAUUACUACCUAUUUAUUCUAUAUAGUUAGUCAAGAGGAAAUACAAAAUAAUCAUUUACUCUAUGUUUUAGUGCAUCUAAAUGAAGCAUUGAAUUCAAAUAAUUAAUUGUAAUUCACAGUAUUUUUUGUUUGUAAUGUGUACCAAACAGAAGCAUGAAUAUGGUAUGAAUACAUAUGAAUAUAUACUACACCCCUAAUAUACAUAUUGGUCAGCUCACUUAGUCACAGACCUUGCUUACACUGGGACUAAAUGAAUGUGUACAUAUAUGGCUGGUGUAUCAUAAUGAAUGCUCCAUAUUACUCUUUCCUUUAGUAUUGAAUAUUUGGAUGUUUGUUCUAUGAUAUUAAUACAAUGUUUGUAAUUAUAUGAAAAUUAUAUAAACUGUGUUACUGUGGAUAUGCAAAAAGAUAAAAUACAAAGUCUCUAAUUUGUUAAGAUAGAACUUGUGGUAAAACAAAUUACAAACAUGGCAUGGAAUGUAAAUAAUGAAUUACUUUAUUUGAAAAUCUGUUGUCCAACUGGUGAUCAUAGAGAGUUUUUAUUUCCUCGCCAUAGAUUCUCAGAGGAAAACAUAUAUCUGAAAUGUGAUAUAGAUAUGUUUAUUAAUUGAGCAAUCUGUACCUAAAUCGAAAAUAUGGCAUCAGAUCAUGCAAGGUUAUGCCAGUUAUGUUACAGAUAGUUUACAUACCACGCUCAUGAAGCACUCAGCCAGUCACAUUUGUCAAGUAAGGUGGCAAAACAGAACCCAAAUAACCUUUGGCACGAUGAACUACUGAAUGAACACGAUGAACGACUGAAUGAACACGAUGAACGACUGAAUGAACACGAUGAAUAUCUACUACACUGCUCCCUACUAAACACACUUUUAUACCUACCACUUCAAUCGGAAUUUGACCAAAAUAUCAAUGUUAAAUGAUGUGUGACAAUGUAAUGGUUACCUAUGGCAGAACUCUUUUAUAUAGCUAAGAAGUCUGUUAUGCGAUAAAAUUACUUUUUUCAAGAAUCCAGUAAAAUUCUGAUUAUAACAUGGUGGAAUGGAACUCCCAAUUGUUAUGAAGCGAUGUUUGGCACACCUCAGUUUUUAUGAACAGAAUGUGUUUUAUGUUUCGUUAUGCCUUUUUUUAAAUACAAAAGCCUUAACAUACUGUCCAUGGAAUGGUGAAAACCUCCCUUUCAUUCAUGCAAUAGACAAAAGGGAUGGAUCAUUUCAUCCAGUAAACUGACAACAGUGCUUUUUCAAAAGGCUCUAAUAUUUUAUUUUCUUGGACAAAAGAAACGUAUUUAAUUGACUAAAGCAGUGUUUCCCACUGUGUGGGUGGAGCUACAGUAAGGGGGGUGUGGGUUGAGGGCGAAAAAAAGGAACAAGAACCCUAAACAACCAACUAGUGGUCAUAUGAAGUAUGGCAGCGCUCUCUCAGCAAGAACCCUAAACAACCAACUACUGGUUAUAUGAAAUAUGGCAGUGCUCUCUCAGCAAGGUAGUCUGGAAAUAACCUAUUUGGUGAUGAGUUCAUAUAAUAUGGUCAGGGCCUACCGUUUAACCUAUAUGUUAGAGAGAAUAGCUAGCCUAAUUGUUAAUAUGGACAUGCGCCUAACAUGAGCUGAUUCAAAGAAUGGAAUGAUAAAAAAAAACUUGAUCUGGCCAGAUUUGAUCAGUUUUAAACAAGAGUUCUGAUCAAGCUAAAUAAAAAAAUGAUAAAAAGCUGAUGGAGAACUGAUUUUUAUUAAAAGUUUAACAGAUUUAUGAAAUUAAACUGAAAAUCUUAGCUCUUCAAAUGUAGAAACAAUGUUUUAGAAAAGCUAUGCAAAAGCUGAUGGCAUGCAUGGUGAACCCAUUGCAGAUGAUUCAGGUGGUGUGCCUGGUCUUUGAUCAGCUAAAUAUUAUGUAAUUUCUAGAAGCGUCCACACAGAUCCACCUCUUCAAAACUCGUCUUUCUUGUUAAUGUGCAGGCACCCAAUAUAUGUGGUGCAUCAUCGGCUAUUUGUAGUAAAAAAAGGCAACAAUACUUGGGUCGGAAUGCACAGCAGCAGAGGAAAAGGUUGUCUUCAACAUUGGAAAUGUUAAGGCUUCAGUAUUUUGUGGAUUUGUUUGUGUUUGUCUGUGGUUUAAGGUUACUGUUUUUGUGUUUGUCUGUGGAUUAAGGUUACUGUUUUUGUCAUGUAUUGAGCUGAGUGUUCAGCUGAGUUCAGGUAUGCAAAAUAAGAAGAUGGAAAGCAUGCAGAGCAUGGGGGCCCCAGGAGCAGGUUUGAACACGGAUCUGUGCCCUGAUCUAGACACAAAGUGGAGCUUGGAGCAUGAGCCCUUUGUUUGUGUUACACAGUAGUUCCCUUUGAGUGUCCCCAUUGCUUCUGCUAUUUUGAGGAAUCACAAGGAGACAAAGAAGAAUAAAGGGAAAAUUCUUUCA